CGUUCUGCUACUGGAACCAACCAGAGCGUGCGUAGACGGAACAGCCGUCGGGUUUUAAGUAGCGACCCUGGCUGUUUAAUCUAAUCCUAGAUGAUCGUAAGGCCGAGACGGCCAGUGAUCGACUCUGCCAUACCGCGAUUCGGUCACGUCGAGGCGGAGCUCGUUGCCGGUAAUAUCGAAUGCGAGAGUGCGUAUUGCUACGCGGCAGAGUAUACGACGGACAAAGAGAAACGGGAUCUCUGUAUCGCGUAUAUAAUGAACCAACUCCCGGAUGUCACACCAUGCCGUUACCUUUUUUCACCUCACCACCGCUCUCUAGGUUGAAGAAACUCCCCUCCCACCUUGGUGAAGUUACAGGUACCAGCCACCAUGCUGUCUCUCGCCGUGUCCGCAGCCCUGCUCGGGCUCGCCUCCGCCCAGCAGGUCGGAAAGCAGCAGACCGAGACCCACCCCAAGCUGAGCUGGAAGAGAUGCUCCAGCGGCGGCUCGUGCUCGACGGUCAGCGCCGAGGUGACCAUCGACUCCAACUGGCGAUGGCUGCACUCUACGGAGGGCACGGAAAACUGCUACGACGGCAACCAGUGGACGUCGAAGUGCAGCUCCGCUACCGACUGCGCCACCAAGUGCGCCAUAGAGGGCGCCGACUACAGCAAGACCUACGGCGCGUCCACCAGCGGCGACGCCCUGACCCUCAAGUUCGUCACCAAGCACGACUACGGCACCAACAUCGGCUCCCGCUUCUACCUCAUGAACGGCGCUAGCAAGUACCAGACCUUCAAUCUGCUCGGCAACGAGUUCGCCUUCGACGUCGAUCUCUCGACCGUCGACUGCGGUCUCAACGCUGCUCUUUACUUCGUCGCCAUGGAGGAAGACGGCGGCAUGGCUAGCUACUCCAGCAACAAGGCCGGUGCCAAGUACGGCACCGGUUACUGCGAUGCUCAGUGCGCUCGUGACCUGAAGUUCGUCGGCGGCAAAGCCAACGUUGAGGGGUGGAAGCCGUCCACCAACGACGCGAACGCCGGUGUUGGCCCGUACGGUGCCUGCUGCGCUGAGAUCGACGUCUGGGAGUCCAACUCGCACUCCUUCGCCCUGACGCCCCACCCCUGCACCCAAAAUGAGUACCACGUGUGCGAGAACGACGGCUGCGGCGGCACGUACUCGGACGACCGGUUCGCCGGCAAGUGCGACGCCAACGGGUGCGACUACAACCCGUACCGCAUGGGGAACAAGGACUUCUACGGCAAGGGCAAGACGGUCGACACGAGCAAGAAGUUCACCGUCGUGACCCGGUUCGAGCAGAACAAGAUGUCGCAGUUCUUCGUGCAGAACGGCAGGAAGAUCGAGAUCCCCGGCUCGACGUACGAGGGCCUCCCCGCGAGCAGCAACAUCACCCCCGAGUUCUGCAGCAAGCAGUUCGAGAUCUUCGGCGACCGCGACCGCUUCAGCGAGGUCGGCGGCUUCGACCAGCUCAACAAGGCCCUCGCCCUUCCCAUGGUCCUGGUUAUGUCCAUCUGGGACGACCACUACGCCAACAUGCUCUGGCUCGACUCCAGCUACCCCCCCGAGAAGGCCGGCCAGCCCGGCGGCGACCGUGGCGACUGCCCCCAGGACUCCGGCGUCCCCUCCGAGGUCGAGUCCUCGAUCCCCGACGCCAAGGUCGUCUGGUCCAACAUCCGCUUCGGCCCCGUCGGCUCCACCGUCACGGUCUAAGCGGCCCCCUCGGC